CAUACCCCACGGUCUAAUAUAUAAUUUUAAAAAGAGGACAUAAGAGAGGGAUCGUAAAAACCCUAAUCAAUCGACAGGUGGCGAGAAUGGCAAUGCUGGUGGUAUGGAAGAGAUCAGUUGUGAUGCGACGGUUCCCUCCGAUGAGUCAUUCAAAAGCAGGUUUCUCUUUCUCGUACUCCUCCGGGGAGAAAUCAGAAUCAGACAUAAAGGGUGUUUUCGAGGAAUGGGCCGCUGAACAUCGAAAAUCCUACAAAACCCCUGAAGAGAAGGAGAAGAGGUUUGCGAUUUUUAGAGAUAAAUUCAGGUCCAUACAAAAGCACAACUCCACCUGCGGUCGCUGCUGCAAAAGAGAACUCACCAAGUUUUCGGAUCGCACCUGGGACGAGCUUGAUCGGAAAUAUAUCAAGUAGUUAUUUAAAAUUCCAUAAAUAAAUUUAUGGUUGCUGUGUGUAUUCGGAUGGAAUGGCGAUGUUUUGAUUAGGAUCAUAUUGAUGAUGUUACAGUUGAGUAUGUUUUGGUUAAAUCCGUAUACAUCCACUCCAGUUCUUUGGUAGAAAGGUUUCUAGGAAUGUAUUAGUUAUGUCUAUUCGCAGUCUUAGAAUGUAUUGGUUAUGUCUAUUCGCAGUUGUUAUGUACCAAUCGGUUGAUAGA